UGCCUUGCUACGUGGAAUUUGUAGGACAGUUGAGGGGGCUAAAUUAGUGGCGACAGCUUAAGGAAUCCAUUAGAAGUAUACAAAACCAAAACAAUUCGACAAGGGGAUAUAUAGUUUAUAGCUGAAAAGCUUAACAUUGUCCGCAUUGUUUUAAUGCACAGAAAGCAUUUGAUAUAACGGCCUGCGCAGCUGAGUUUCUAUUUUUUCUGUGCAUUUUAGUUUGGUGAGCUUUUUCCUCUAAUUAGUUAGUUUUUUUACUACACCGUUUGUAUGAUAGUCAGUAUGAAGAACUGUCUGAGUGGCUUUUUUGCCGUCUUUCUUUCGUUGGCUUGUGUAUUAGUGAACGCACAGUAUGAGCGUUACAGCUUUCGAAGCUACCCCCGGGAUGAAUUGAUGCCUCUUGAGUCAGCAUACAAGUAUGGACUGGACCAGUACACUAACGAAAAUUGGCCCGAAAGUGUCAAUUACUUGGAGAUAAGCUUGAGAUUGUACCGUCUUUUGAGAGAUAGCGAGGCUUUUUGUAAUCUUAAUUGCAGCUCUGCGAAGUUACCAGAAAGCUUUCUAAAGACCGUACGUGCAGAAAAUAAGACUUAUCACGACCGAUUCGUCGCCUUUGCAGAGCUCAAGGUGUUUGGAGAUCUGAUAAUGAGAGCUCAGUGUCUAAAGAGAUGUAAACAAGGGCUACCAGCGUUCAGGCAGUCACAGCCAAGCAGAGGGGUCGUGGAGGAAUUCCAAGCUAGGGAGCCAUACAAGUAUUUGCAGUAUGCUUACUUUAAGUCUAAUAAUUUGCCAAAGGCCAUUGCUGCAGCCCAUACCUUUUUACUGGAACAUCCAGAUGAUGAGAUGAUGAAGCGAAAUAUGGCUUAUUAUAAGAGUAUGCCAGAUUCUGAAGACCAUAUGAAAGAUUUAGAGACCAAGACGUAUGAGGGCUUGUUCAUCCGAGCAGUAAGAGCUUAUAAUGGAGAAAACUGGAGAACUUCUAUUUCUGAUAUGGAACUUGCACUGCCAGAAUUUUUUAAGGCCUUUGAAGAAUGCAUAGCAGCUUGUGAAAGAUCCCGGGAGAUUAAGGAAUUUAAAGACCUUUAUCUUUCUAUAGCAGAUCACUACAUUGAAGUCCUGACAUGUAAAAUAAAAUGUGAAAGCAAUCUUACACCAGUUAUUGGAGGCUACGUUGUGGAACAAUUUGUUGCAACCAUGUACCACUAUCUUCAAUUUGCUUAUUAUAAGUUGAAUGAUGUUAAAAAUGCAGCUCCAUGUGUGGCAAGCUACCUACUUUUUGACCAAGGUGACCAAGUGAUGAAACAGAAUAUGGCCUACUAUGUGUAUCAUAAGGAGAAAUGGGGUCUUUCAGAAGAACAUUUUAAGCCAAGACCUGAAGCAGUUUCAUUCUUCAACAUCACAACAAUGCAGAAAGAAAUGUAUGAGUUUGCCACACAGCAUCUUCAUGAUGAUGAUGAGGGAGGCGUAAUAGAAUAUCUGGAUGAACUCUUGGAUUCUAAUGUAUAUUGACGUUCACAUUCAUCCCUGCUGCUUCCUGAUCUCCAAUCUAAACUUGACUAAAAAGAAUUGGAUAAAACAGAACAAUCCAAUGUGUCCAUGAACUAAAAACACUUUAAUGAUGGUUCAGUUACUUUUUUUUUUUCUCUCUCAAGUGACAGUUUCAAAUAUGGGCUAAAGUCAUGAAAAUAAAGAUCCAUAAAAACCUC